CAUUUCUUAAGCAAUCAUCUUUCUCUCUCUGCAGUCUUCACUUUGCUUUGUCUCUUUCUCUCAAGAAAAAAUAAAGGCCUUCCUCCAUUAAUGCACCUCCCUUUUAAUUGCCUUAUCGGUUACCUUUUGAUUGUUUCUUCCUUUUCAACUACCCACUUCCAUUAUAUUUGCAUUUUGCAGCCAAACCUGCAGGCAGGUGCAGUGCCUUAGUACACUUCUCCUCAAUAUCUCGCUUCAAUAGUAUUACUUCCAAUUACAGAAACUCAACCAUACCAUGUUCAAAUUAACCCUUGCAAUUUGCAAUUAUUAAUGCUUCAAGUUACAAUUUUUUUUUCUUUUUUAUCUUGUCUUGGUGUUUCUGGGUGGUUGUUCAUUUUCCUAGAGAGUAGCAAGAGAGAGAGAGAAGGUGAUAAAAGACAUUUUCAUUGGAUCAUGAAACUUGCUUGUUUGUUAAUGCUCUCUUGUGUUUCUCUGCUUUGGGUUUCUUUCUUUUUUGACUGAAAGUUAGUUAAAGUGUUGAACUUUUCUUGGGAAAAAACACCAUCUUUGAUUCUUCCCAAUCCUCAACACUAUUGAAAUUUCUGCGCUUGGGUUUUGCAAAUAAAGGUUCAACCUUCAGGGCUUUUACAUCUGGAGUUUGUUGCUUCACGAGCUUCCUGAAUGGGAUACUUCUACUUGUUUCUUCUAGUAUUGUUUUCAUGGAGUUGCCAUGGAUUACAAACUUACCAAACUCAACUUUUGUUGCAAAUAAGGAAGCAUUUAGAGUACCCUUCACAGCUACAAAUUCUGGAUAAUUACAAUGGGGAUCUCUGUAACUUGUCUGCAAUGUCUAAUUUGACUAUAUCUUGCCAGGAUAAUUUUGUCACUGAGUUUAAGAUUAGGGGAGAUAAGGUUGCAAAUGUUAGUGACUUCAAUGGAUAUGCAAUUCCUAGUAAAACAUUGUCUAAGACUUUCUCCAUUGAUUCAUUAGUUACCACGUUGACAAGGUUAACCAGUUUGAAGGUGCUUAGUUUAGUGUCUCUUGGAAUUUGGGGACCACUUCCUGAUAAGAUUCAUAGGCUAUAUUCCCUUGAAUUUUUGGAUUUAAGCUCCAAUUUCAUGUUUGGUUCAAUCCCACCUCAGAUAUCUAGAAUGGUUAAGCUUCAAACUCUAACAUUGGAUGGCAAUUACUUCAAUGAUACUAUUCCUAAUACACUAGAUUCCUUGUCAAACCUUAGUGUUCUAAGCUUUAGAGGCAAUAGGUUGAAGGGUCAGUUUCCUUCCUCCAUAUGUCGAAUUUCGAGCCUAACAGAUGUUGCAAUGUGCCACAAUAAGCUUUCAGGUAAGUUGCCUGAUUUGAGUUCCUUAACUCGCUUGCGUGUGCUUGAUGUAAGAGAGAAUCGGUUGGAUUCCGAACUGCCUGUCAUGCCCCAAGGAUUGGUUACAGCUCUUCUAGCUAAGAACUUAUUUUCCGGUGAAAUUCCAGCACAAUUUGGUGUAUUGAGUCAUCUUCAACACCUUGACUUGUCUUUCAAUCAACUGAGUGGAACACCACCCUCUGCUUUGUUUGAUUUGCCAAGCAUCAGUUACUUGAAUUUGGCAUCAAAUGUGCUGAGUGGUUCACUUCCAGAGCAUCUAACAUGUGGUAGCAAACUCGGAUUUGUCGAUAUUUCUAAUAACAAGUUCGUUGGUGAUCUUCCUUCUUGCUUAGACAAUAAAUCAGAUAAGAGAGUAGUAAAAUAUGGUGGGAACUGUUUGUCAACUGAUGGCCAACAACAGCAUCAAGGUCUUUAUUGUAAAGAAGCAAACACAAGGAGAAGUGGAAGAAAGACAGCUGUAUUAGUUGCUAUUAUUGUAGUAUCUGUUCUACUUUUGAUGCUUUUGGCAUUUGGGAUUCUUAUUCUGUUUCAAAGAUGCCGACCAAGACGGACUUUUGAAACUCAUAUACGACAAAAGGUUGUUCAAGACAAUCUAACAACCGGGGUUUCAUCCGAAGUUCUUGCAAAUGCCAGAUUCAUUUCUGAAGUUGCUAAACUUGGGACACAAGGUACUCCAAUAUGUAGACUGUUUUCCAUGGAAGAGUUGGAAGAAGCUACAGAUAACUUUGAUUCAUCAAUGUUCAUGGGUGAAGGCUUUACUGGAAAGCUCUACAAAGGAAGAUUGGAGAAUGGAACCUAUGUUGUCAUUCGAUCAUUGACUUUACAGAAGAAAUAUUCAAUUCAAAAUCUUAAAGUUAGGCUUGAUUUCUUGUCAAAGCUUCAUCAUCCACAUUUAGUAGGCCUUUUAGGUCACUGCAUUGCUGGUGGCGUACAAGAUGAUUCCGGCGCAAGCAAAGUCUUCCUCGUAUAUGACUAUGUGCCUAACGGGAACUAUCGUAUGCACUUGUCAGAAACUUGUCCAGAGAAGGUUCUUAAGUGGUCAGAUAGAUUAGCGAUUCUAAUCGAUGUAGCCAAGGCUGUACAUUUUCUACAUACUGGGGUUAUUCCCGGAGUUUAUAAUAACCGGUUGAAGACGAACAAUAUACUGCUGGACGAGCAUCGAUUAGCAAAGCUGAGUGACUAUGGGAUGUUUAUCAUCAUGGAAGAAAAUGAAAAACUAGAGGCAAAGGGAGAGAGCUUAAAGUCUAGCCGAAGGAAAACAUUAGAGGAUGAUGUUUACAAUUUUGGAUUUAUAUUACUUGAGUCACUUGUUGGGCCUAUUGUGAGUGGAAAAGGAGAAACAUUUCUUUUAAAUGAAAUGGUAUCUUUCGGCAGCCAGGAUGGCCGAAAGAGAAUUGUGGAUCCGACGGUGUUGACCACUUGCUCACAGGAGUCGUUAUCCAUCGUAGUAUCAAUUACUGGCAAAUGCAUAUGUCCCGAACCAUCAUCUCGGCCAUCGUUUGAGGACGUUCUUUGGAACUUACAGUAUGCAGCUCAAGUUCAGGCUGCAGCUGAUGCCGAUCAGAAAUCCGAUUCUACAUCGUAGUCAAUUGUAUAUGGUUGGUACACUCCGGAUGUUUCGUUUUCGGAGAAACCUGCUGAUAGUGCUCGGAUAAAGCUCUUGGAAGGUGCUUUCCUAUAUAAAAUGAGUUAGAGCUAGAGAUGUAAAGCUGAAAAUGUCAUAUUUUAGACCUUAUAAAUGGAAAAUUUUGGUAAAAUAGAUAUGUCUUUGCAUACAUUUUUGUUGCAAGAAAGUUGCUGUGAGGCCAUCAAUGGGCUCCAAAUGCUGGUCUCCAAUAACCAAUAUUAUUAGCUUAGCUCAAAGGUCUGUUCUGUUCCUUU